AUGGCGUGUGGCAUCCCAUGGAAGCUUGCUCGACGGGAUGAACUGAUGGAGGCACGACAGGCAGAGAGACAGGGCGACUACUUUCCUCCGCCCUAUCCUCCGUGUCCACCCACGGUUGUCAUGCCGCUUCGUACAACUGCAUACGAUUUACCUGAAGCUACAUUCGUCACGAGGCCGUGUCCCCGCCCUCGAAAGGCAACUGGACAUAAAAAUGUUUUCGAACGCCUAACCGACACGGCAUACUACACGGGAUCACAUCGAGAGCGGUUUGACGAGUUUGGAAAUGGAAGAGGAAUUGCCGGUAGAGAAUACUUAUAUGCGUACGACGGCUUGACCGAGUCUCCAAGCAGAUGUCACGAAGUCUAUUCGUCUGUCGUGAAACGUCCUCGGAAGCCCGUGGUCACACCCGGCACCUUGGGUGUUCAGCGGUUCGGAGUUCAGAUUCCAGCUCCUAGACUAAUGUGGCUCUAUCGCAAUGGCGAUAAGCACGAUGACGGCACUCCCUUCUUCGUCCGCCCCUACAUCAAAACCAUGGAGUCACUUUAUCAACAGAUUACUAAGGAAAUAACUCCCAUCGCUGGACCGGUCAGAAGAAUCUUUGACCAAAAUUUCCGUGUCGUCACCGAUCUGGAGGACAUUGUUGACGGUGCGAAAUACUUGUGUACCUCUGGGGAGCCGCCUGCCGCUUAUGAUCGACUUGAAAAAUUUCUGAGCGAAUGGGUGAUUCAGAAGUCGCAAACUAAGGUUCCGAGCCAGUUCUUUGUUGUUUAA